AUGGAGUACCACGCCGUGCCGCCCGAGGAGCGCGCAAGAGAUGAGAACGGCAACCUCCUUCCUUGGGGCUAUGUUUACAAAGAUGAAUCUCGCAAUCCCCGCCGACCACCAGAGGAAUCCGGACCCUUUGGCAAGAGGAGGAAUGCCCGAUACGAAGCCCGAUCGCGAACACGCACCGGCACCCCAGCGAAGCGCGAGAACCCCAAUGUCGCCGAAUUUGGCCGUCUCUUUGCCCAACAGCAAGAAGAAGAACGGCCAGUCGGUCUACCCAAAUCUUCCUCCUCCGGCAGCCUCGACGGCGGGCGCAAGCAAACCGAAAAGGUGGCGACCGAGUGCAUCCUCUACGGGUACAAGGCGAAGGACGGGGAGUGGAAGGUGAUUGAUAAAUACGAACGUAUCUCGCAGGGUAUGAUCUGUGAGGACUACCCGCGCAGCGAUCCCAACUCUGCGAGCCAGUAUGGCCAGCUGCUCAGCGGCGGCGACGUCGUUAUUCGCGCGAACCUCUCCGCCGAUGCGAACCGCAAGUCUAAACGCUACGCUGGUGGGUAUCACUGGAUCAAGGUUACUUUCGACUCGACGCAGGCCGCCGAUCGGGCCUGCUUCUACUCGCCGCAGGAAGUGGACGGGCACCUGGUCUUUUGCGAGCUGUACAAUGGCCAUGGACCUGCCGAGGACAGCGCCAUCCCUACCGACUCUGCAGCUGGAGCCAAGCUGCGCAAUAAAUCCACGCGCACCCUGACAUCCACACACUCAUCCGCAUUCCUCUCUGGCGCCAGCAUGGACGCCCAACCAUCCUCCUUCACUCUACCGCGGUCCUUUGGAAUGAAUAACCUCUCCAGCGUGGCUGAGCCCGAAAAAGAGCCUUCGUUCGACUCGUCGACUACAACUGCUACCUCCGGCACCGCGACCGCGACGGGGGUAUCUACCAGCUUUGCAUCGUCGGUACACCAGCGCAGCACGGCUGGCGCUGAACCCAAGCCCGACUCCGAUUUUAUGACGCACAUCCCUACCGUUCGCCGGACGAAGCUACGCCCGCUGACCGAAGCGCUCCCACCCGGACCUACGAUGACCGAGCGCGUACUGCGAUCGAUUCCUAUAUUGAGUUGGUUCACGGGCGAUAUCGUGGGCGAUGGCCCGCAGUUGAAGGAGGACGGGACUUUUGAUCAUGACAAGUCUGGAGUGUAUUGGCGGUUUUGGUGGAUGUUGGAUCAGUUGCUGGGUACGGAUGUGUGUGGACUGAGAGAGGACUCUUGA